UAACACAAGCUGAGACGUGUGCCCUUAAGGCAACCACCACGCGCACACCCACGCCCACCGCCCCCACCUUCUUCUUCUUCUUCCUCCUCCUCUCUCCCACUUCCCAUUCCAAAUUCCCAAACCCCUAAAUGGGCCAGGCACUUCGCCGAGCUGCCGGGAAAGCCCGACCCGGUCCCACCACUACGUCGUCAACACCCAAGACCGUCGUCAAUCAGCGGGAACCGGCUCCUGAGAUUACCAAACCCGCCGAGGGUUUAGGUUCUGAUGGUGGUGGUGCAAAUGCGGAGAAUCUGCUUGAAGAGCGCGACCCCAAGUUCGAUUCGAUGCUGAAUCAGAUGGUCGGGAGGAUCAGAUCAAAGCCCGGCGGAAAACCGGAAAUGGGUGAGGCACAUGUGGUGGACAAGUACAAUAGGCCGCUACCGAAGCUGAGGGAUACGAAGCCGGAUUCCGGGAGGUUUGAGGAGAGAGCUGCUCCUCCGGGGACACUGAACGUGGCGCAGCUGCGGCACAUUAUACUACUGCAUCAGGGCAAGGCUGAGGAUCACAAUGGCCCCAUGGAGGUGCAAACAAUAGCUGAGAAAUUUCAGGUCGAUGUCGCCGAGGUUAGGAGGAUUGUGCAGUUUGUGUCACUGCCUCCUGAGGAUACCAGUAAACAGAAGAAGAAUCCUUGAAAGGCUGAGUUAUAUGGUUUGCUGUUGUGAAUUACUGACUUUCUGUUAUGAAUAAGAAUUUGAGGAUAUAGAGACACUCAUAGAAAGUGUUCGAGAAUUCUGUAUUUUCCACAGUAUCUGAAAAAUGUAGGAUUUUUGUAGCUAAUGCUUGGUUUCCAAGUCAGGCAAAAAGUUGUAACCCUGUCGAGGCUCUUGAUUUGAACACAAGAUAUGAUAUUCACUUUCUUUAUGUGAAA